CGCAACUUGAAAUAGCAAUAAUAAAACAUUAUAAAGUCACAAUAGUACAUAACAGUAUGCAGUGUUUCACAAUAGAAAGCCAAAUGUAACUUAAAUUCAAAACUGCUAAAAAUGUACAUACAAGUUAUUCAAAACGUACACUGUGCAACACAUCGAGAAGAAGAUCAAAGUAGGGAAAUCUGCACCAAUAGCACGACUACUAUUGUGCUACUCCCUUUUUGUAACUCCGCCUACUGUAAAUAAUAAAGACGAACCUUCCAGAGCUUGUGGUAUUCGGACUUUCCUGCGUUGUAAGCAGUUGUCAAUUUUGUCUUGUCUGUGACAAGGUAGUGAAGCCUUUGACUUUAAGAUAUCGGCUGGAGUUUUUCACGUUGAAGAGUUAUUCCGGCUUAUUCCAUCCACUUGUUAACUCGAGACCAGAGUAUUCUAAGACUGCUUUCUCUUCCUGUUCAGUACUUCAUUUCAUCUGCAAACAAUGGCCGAGAAACAGAUUAGUCUGCCUUCAAAGCUCAUCAAUGGAGGAGUUGCAGGCAUCAUUGGAGUAACCUGUGUUUUCCCCAUAGACUUAGCCAAGACUCGGUUACAGAACCAAAGGACCGGACAACAGGUUUACAAAAACAUGCUGGAUUGUUUGAUCAAGACCCUGCGUUCUGAGGGAUAUUUUGGAAUGUACAGAGGUGCUGCUGUUAACCUGACCCUUGUAACCCCAGAAAAAGCAAUUAAACUUGCUGCAAAUGACUUUUUCAGGCAUCAUUUUUCGAAGAGUGGGAAGGGCCUGACUGUAAUCAAAGAAAUGCUCUCUGGUUGUGCUGCUGGGACGUGCCAGGUCAUUAUUACUACACCAAUGGAGAUGUUGAAAAUCCAAUUACAAGAUGCAGGCAGACUUGCUGCACAAAGGAUUAUCGCAACAGUCCCUUCAGCCAAACAUGCAACUGCCAGCCCAGUUUUAACAAGAGCAUAUAAUGUAACACCUGUACCUGUUAUGAGGAAAAUAUCUGCCACACAGAUAGCUGCAGAGCUCUUCCGUGCACAUGGUAUUAGUGGGCUCUACAAAGGAUUAGGAGCUACUUUGUUAAGGGAUGUGCCUUUCUCCGUUAUCUACUUCCCAUUAUUUGCGAAUCUUAACAAACUUGGGCAAAGAUCUGCUAGUGAGAAGGCUCCAUUUUACGUCUCCUUUUUAGCAGGAUGUGUAGCGGGCUGCACAGCAGCAGUGGCAGUAAAUCCUUGUGAUGUAAUAAAAACUCGCCUCCAGUCACUAAAUAGAGGAGCGCAUGAAGAAAGCUACAGAGGGAUUGUAGACUGUGCAAGGAAAUUAUGGAUAAAGGAGGGUCCUGCAGCUUUCUUUAAAGGUGCUUCGUGCAGAGCAUUGGUUAUAGCCCCACUCUUUGGUAUAGCACAAGUAAUGUACUUUGUUGGAGUUGGAGAAUAUAUCUUGGGCAUUCCACAGUACAGUCUAAAACCUUGAGUUAUCAUUCCACAGUACAAUAGAACAGUUGAAAGAAACAACUAAAAUGUGAACAUAGCUGAAGGACUCAAAUCCAGAGGCUAAGCAGCACUUCUGCUUGUUUUGACAUGACUGAUGGAGUAGGUAUUAUUUUUGUGGAGAAGUUAAUCUUAUUUAUUAAAAAGGGGGUUGUACAUCUUUUUCCAUUAAGUGUCUAUGCAGAUGUUGCUAGCACUAAAUGGACUUGAAAUGGAAGCAGAGAUUCUGUGAUUCACUUAUUUGCAGUGCAGAUAAAGUUAAACAGUGACAACUUGAUGAAGUUUUAACAGCAUACUUGGAUGUGCUGAGAUCAGUGCUGCCAUCGUCUACUUUGUUGGCUGUAAAUUAAAGGCUUUUUGGUCCUUUAAAGGUUUUCCUUUUUCAUGCAAUACUAAUUAUUGUACAGCAGAAAUCUUGAGAAGAUGAUGAGCUGACUUUUGUGAAGUCACGUGGAUGAUGAAUGAAGUCAAGGACCAAAUCCUACAGUGUUUGUUUGCUUAUUCUUGUAUUUGUGUGUAGUUAUAUUCUUGUAUUUGUGUGUAGUAAGUUUUUGUACAUGUAAUGCCUCUGGCCCCAUUUUAGCGAGUAUAAAACAUAAGAAUGUUAUUGUCAUAGACAACAGUUUUCUCAGAAAUACCUUUUUCUUGGUCACACCUUCUCCCGUCCCACUUUGCACUUAAUUGUAAAAAUUUUAAUACUGUUCUGUGUACAUUGUUGGAAUACUAAAUCGUGUGCAUACCUUUAUUUUUUUAGUAUUUCUAACCUAGAAUUGACAUAUUUGAUGGGGUAUCAGCUGCCCUUAUUUUGUCCUUUUUAAUUAACUGCAGACAGAAAAUACAAGCUGCAACCAGAUAGUGAUCUUUUAAUAUGCUCCUACCACCAACACCUAAUCUAGCUUUAUGUAUUUGAUGUGUAGUCAAGUUUCUUUUAUAUGUUACUUUGUUAAUGUACUGUACUGGGCUGCCUUAAAGAUGGCCUCUUCUUUAGCAGUAUUCCUUCUGCUAACAAAAAAAAAAUCCACAUGGUGCAUUUUGUAAUCACUGUUGGAUAUUCUUCCUCCUUGCUGUGCUUUUUACAUGGUAUUUUUGAGUGUGUAGUAAACAUUUUCUGAACAUAUUACAUGACUUGUGAAUUGUUUCAUUUCAAUGUAGUAUAUUAACUUGUCUGUCAUUAACUUGUCUUUUUUAAUAAAACUGUCAUUAAAAUUUUUGCUAUGAA